UCGAACAAUAAAAACAGAACAUACACGACGUGAGCCACUGCGUUCGAUUUGUUUUUUUUCUUUUGUUCAAGUGUUGGUUUCUUUAUACAAAUUUGUGGUUAAUUUAUGUGUAACAAUUAUGUGCUUUCUGAAUGUUGAAUAAAUACCUCCUUAUAUUGAAUGCUAAUGGGAAUAAUUAUACAAAACCAAACCAGAAUUCAUUAUGGCGUGAAAUUAAAGAGAAAAAAAUUCAAAUUUAUAAUGAAGUUUUUCUAUGCUUUGUAAUAGUAGGUGCUCAAUAAACUGUAUUGUUACACGUUAAGUAACGCGCUGCAAACAGUACUAUAAUGCCAAAGAAAUUGACAUUAAUAGUAAAAGAGUACUUAAUUUCAUCUGUAAAAUCAAGUGGUAAUAGUGUAAUUAAUGAUUUAUACUGCCAAGAAAUUAAUAUAUCAAAGAACAACCGCAAAUAUUGUGUGAAUAUACAAGUUUUACAAUCGGUUAAAUUAUGGUCUGUUUAGAACUAUAUAAUAAUUUAAAAUAAUCAACUUAAAUUUACACAUUACUUUAGAAGUAUCAUCGUUAAAUAAGUUGGCGACGAAUUAAAAUAUUCACAGUUGGAUUGAAUAAUAUUUGGUGAUGACCACUUCACCGGUGCCGGAGUUGGACAUGACUAUUAAAUGUCAAAGUCCGCUGAAACUAUAUUAUUACCAGUUACCGGACGCCAUUUCCGAUAUUAGUAACACCACAGCUUCUAACUGCGAUAAUAUAAUGCGUUAUAGUAGAUCAAAACUGUUCGAUCUUCGCAACGAAACAAAUUCUCGUCGCCGUCCUGAAUAUGACCUAAGAGCUGAAUUGCAAUCGCUUGGUGUUUGGAAGUUUAAUGCCAGUGGCAACGGUCUCCAAAAUAGUGCAGGUUCCAAUAACGAAGGAACCGCAGUGUCUUGCAACGCAUAUGUCGCUAACCAUACAGCGCAAUUGUCAUCGGGGAAUUUGAAUGUACGGGCCCAACGUUCUCCUGGAAGUCGUGAAACUACAUUAAACAAUUCGAAUUCUUCGCAACAUAAUACUUCUUAUCACAAUCUUCAUAAGACGUAUAUAGAUCAUCGCAGCAUUUCGUCAUCCCAUCUUAUGCCAGCGUUUGCUAAAAGACGUAAUGCUGCUUCUUCUGCACCUUCUAGUAAUGCUGCUGUUGUGGGAUCACAAAAUUUAUCGAGCAGUGGAAAUUCUUCUUAUGGUCCCAACUCUCCUGUCGAUACCCGUUCGCAAACGCCAACAGAAGUCAAAGACGGUUUAUUUUACAGUAAUAUUUCCGGUGAAAAUAACGGAAAUAUGCGCCAACGAAACAAGGAUCAAUUAUACGAUUGCCGUCAACGCGGAAAUAGCGGCGGUCCGAUCACUGGAGAUGAACCCAACAUAUUUAUAUCACCUCAGAGAAAAGUUUUAGAUCAAGACCGCGAGCGGGACAAAGAACAAGAACUUCAGUCUGACAGUAGACGACUAUCAUCACCAAUGUCUUUAGGCUUAUGUAGAUAUAGCCACAAUAACGGUGGCAUCGCUCAAGAACGUAGAAUCGGCAGCGGCCGUCUGCUACCCCGCGACGUAAACUGGGAUUAUCGUGCUUCUCAAGACAGAGAUAAAGGCCAAAGCUUAAGCUCUGCCCCAAUUCAAGAUAAAGAGGUAUUAGCAGCAAAUCAUGUAGGUCAAGCUCGAGGUGGGGGGCGGUAUUCAGAGCGAACUUCGGUUGGAAAUGGAUACUCAGACCGACGACAUUUGGAACGGCGUAGCGGUGGUGACAAUGACAGUGUCCGAGAUAAAUAUGAAUACGUAAGCAAUGCUCAGACACCAAAUCCUCAUGGUGGUGGUACUAGACGAGAUAUAUAUGGUGCUGAUUCUUCUUCAAAUCAGCAUUCUAUAUCUCAUAAUCGCAAUAGACGGAACCAGAAAUAUGAUAGGAAUGAAGAGCCUGAAUGGUUCAGUAGUGGUCCAACAUCUCAGCAUGAUACAAUUGAAUUGCGUGGAUUCGAAGAAAUUGAUGACCAAUACAAUGAAAGCUCUAAGGAAGGUAUUGGUAGCACUAAGCGCACACAUUAUUCAAAUUCGUCACGAAAAAUAAGUGAAAGUUCAUCAUCUCGUGAGAGCAGUACUUUGAAUUUGUCUAGCACGAAGGCAAAACAGCAAUUACAUCUACUAUUAGAUCAAGAGAAUGGUGCCCAUAAAACCCUAACUUUAUCACCAGGCACUUUGCCAUCCGGCAACAAUAUAAUUUCUUUUGAAAACAUAGAUUCUCUCCGUGAGAAAGAUGGACUUAAAGUGUUAAAAGAGAAUAGUGAGAGCAAAAACAACGCUAAACGUUUAGGACGAAGCGAUGAAGCUGUUGAUGCGACACUUCCAGAUUUUAUGCUCGAAACUGAAGAAAUUUCAAAAAAGUCAAACACUUCCAGAGAUUCAGAGUUCAAUUUUGAUGUCUUCCUAAAUCCUAAUCUUGAUCCGCUUAAACACUCGUUAAUGCGUGGAGACAAUUCCAAUAAUGAGAAUGAAGAAAUAGGGAGCUCUCGAUUUAGCCGUUGGUUCGCUAAUAAAACUGUAGGUAAUGAAGGACAAUUAGGAAAUUGCAAUGCAAACAAUACAGCUAUGGAUUUAAUUGGCAGUGACACCAAACAUGAAAGUAAUACUCUGAUGGAAUUUCUUAACAAACUGCCAGCUUUACCAGAUUCGGUUAUAACGCAAAAAGUUACCGCUAUCACGAGUGUAGAGGAACUGGAAGCGCGGAUGGGUGUCAUGAAUACAACAAAUGAAGUUUUACCAGAGGCACACCAUGUCGAUAUGCCUAACAAAAACGAUGAGGAAAGAGUGCUUGAUAUGAUUCCUUCGAUUGCAAAUGAGCAGUUAAUCUCCGAACAUCCUCAAGCUGGGGAAAUUGAAGCAUUUAAAAAGGUGCUUGAACAACUAGGACAUGGAAAUAAACAGCUACAGCAGCAGCACAAUCAGACACAACAGCAGGUACUACCACACAAUCUGCAGUCGAAUGUUUUGAUAUCGCCAAAACAUCGAUCUGACUCGAUGUCUCCGCUUAACAUUAUGCAAACAGGGGCUCCUCCAAACCUUUCACAACAAAUAAUUGUUAAAAAUGAUGAGCUGAAAAAGAUUUUGCUUUCACAGGGAUAUCAUCAGCAACAUCAAAGUAAUGAAGAAAUUAAUAUCUUGUCUCAGUCGCAGCCGCAGCCAAUACCACUAACUGCAUUGUUUGGGAAUCAUCCUCAAAAGCGUAUAGAACAGAAUUUGUUUCAAGGCAUACAACGUGGUGUAGUGUCAAUAAAUUUUUUGGAACAGCAACUUAAUAACCCGAAUAUGUCACCGUCUAUAAAAGAAGCAAUUGCUACAGUUCUCCGUGACGCAUCUACGAUGGCAACAUUGCACAGCAAUGUUCCACACAAUCAACAGAACUAUAGACCUAUUGGACAUCAGCAACAGAUCUCAGCUAUACGUAACAGUAGCGGAUCAAUCCUCCAUCAAGGCCCCAGUAAUUCACCGAUCCAACCGCCGCAGCAACAGCAGAUUUUGCAGCAAAUUCAGAAUGUCAUGGUUCCAGGACAAAGAGAACGAAUUACACUUCUGCCACAUCAGGCUUCAAAUCACCAAGCUAUUCCGAGCCAACGAGAAAUGCAAUUUCACACACACCCCAUCAUGCAAAAUGCUACGCUAAAGAAAAAAAUAGAGGAACAACAGGAUUCAAUUAUACGACGCCAAGAAAAUCAUCCACCGUCAAAUAAUACGUUAGGAUUAAAUAAAGUAGAUACGCAACAAAGUAAUAUUCAGCAAAUGCAAAUUUCAAGUAACAUGCAACAGCAAACUGCAGGAACACAACAACAAGCUCAACCAACCCGACAUAUUAACUCACCUACGCCUUUGGCUUUUACACCAACCUCGGUGUUGCGUAAGAUGACUGCUGAAAAAGAUAAUUCGAACUCAAAUCCAACAACUCUACAUCAUAACAUGUUAAACUCUGUAAUACAGCAGCAAAAUAAAGCCAUGGCACAAAAUACAUUUAUAAAUCCAACCAACAACCAACAUCAAAUGCAACAGCCCACAUCCACUCUACCACGGAUGAUACUUGGUGGUAAUAACACACAGCAACAACAACAGCAAAUGAGUAACAAUAAUUCGUUGCCGCCACAAUCCUUAAACCCAACACCUCAACAGCAAGCGGUCCAACCUUUACGCAACUCAAUGGCACCAAUAAAAUGGCCACUACAUUUAGUGAAUCAAAGUAUCACUGCUAUUAAAUCGAUGGGGCGACCAAUUUUAAAAGCUCCUUUACCACCACAAUCUGGCAAUCACCCACAAAUGCCGCAGCUAAAUCAAAUGAUGUUUAAUAAGUUAGAUUUUCUACAAGUGCAACAAAACCGUUUGAAAAACAACCAGACCCCUCAACAUGUUUUAAGCCAGUCCACGCCACCAUUUUCGCAACACGCGAUGGUGUCACAACAAGCACCAAACCACACUAACUUAAUUCCUAAUGUUCAACAUCAACAACAGUUAUAUCAACAACAACAACGUAUUCUAGCAUUGCAAAGGCAUCAACAACAAUUCCAUCUACAACAACAGUUGCACCAACAACAACCAAUUGACACAACCAAUCGAAAUAUUUGUAUGCAGACGUCACUUGCUAAUGAUAGUAAUGGUAUAAUAAAUAACGCCGCUUCUACUGCUACAACUGCUGCCGCCAGCAUAAUAAAUUACCAGCGUGAUGGUGGUUUGUCUCCCACGAGUAAUCAACUGGCGCAGUGGUUUUCGCCCGAGUUACUUGCGCAAGCAUCUGCUGGAAAACUUCCGCUCCUCAAUAUGAAUCAAGCGUUAUGUCUAGAAGAUUUCGAGAGAAAUAUACAACAUUCCUCAGCACCAGUGAGCAAUUAAUGUCACAAGGUGGAAAUAUUAUGUUUAAAGUUGUGUGUAACUUGGGAAUCAUGUUAAAUAAUAUUUUUUAUUAGAUCGCUUGAUGACACUAAAUAAGCAGAAAGUAUCUUCUAUAUGAAUCUAGAUCUAAUUUUGAAAUUGUCGGAAGUAAAACGUUUUUAAUAUCAAUUGGUAGUAAAUAAAAAUUCUAAUAUAGCGUAUUUACGUUCUGUCAUAUUUAUAAAUAUUACACCAUAUGCGUAUGAAAUUGUAUCUCAAUUAUUGUAAAUGAAUUAUUUAAAUUUCAAAA